GAGCGCGAGGCCUGGGACGAGUACAGACACGUGAUAAAGCCGCGCUCGGACCCGCUCCAUUGGCGGGACGUUCCUGGACUGUGUACCACCCACGCCCGCCAAGGAGGACGUGUGCUUGCACAUACCUCGAGCGCAGCGCAAGUCAUAUGGUGGGCGCCUGGGAGGCGCACGCCUACGGCUUACCCGUUGUCUAGAUCCUAUCGUGCAACCUGUGCCUGCGAUUUUGACUUUUCCUCGCCGAUCCCGAGGCAUCGCCGGGCCCGCCCGCCACUGAAGCGAAAAGUAUCUCGCGAGGGUAUAGAGUUGGCCAUGCAGGCUGACCCUGCUCACCUGGGUAGUUCCCUACGCCUAGACCAUAUAGGCCAGAACCCCAAACGAAUCGACCAAGGCCCUGUAGACGCACCUCAUACUUCUUCUAGCUACCAUCCACCGGGAGCUGAUCACGCGUUCGUGGAAUCGCAGACACCACCCGGCUCGCCAUCGCCAGCACUCCUGCUAGCCUACAGAGAUCCAAAUGCCAAUGUCUUCGUUCCAGUCACAAUACCCAAAUCAUCACUGCCAGCAAAGUCGGUCCCACGUACCCGAACACCAAAGGCCGGCCGGAUCCCCAAACCUUCUAAUUCAGGCCCUGUAGACGCACUUCACACUUCUUCUAGCUACCUUCUGGACCCUUGGCCGGCGGAAAACUCGAACAGACCUUCAAGAAACGUGGCACGCGCGUCGCAUCCACCGGUAGCUGACUACGCUAAUCACUCCGCUCCUACACCUCCAACCACCCCUGUCACAUCCUCUCAGCCCACUUUCACAGGGCCGAAAACAAUAUGCCGAUACUUUGGAUGUGGAAAAUCUCUUAUGAGGUCCCCCAAUGGGCCUGACCGCGAUUACUGCACGAUUUGCAUUGCUAACGAUGGCUUUCGGGUACGCUCCGGGAAACCACUUGGCGUUCACGGGCCUUUAGUCCCCGCGUCCGUGUCCGCUUCAGUUAAAGAUACCCAGGAUGCUCUUGGCCUGUGCCUCGAGGGUGACAAUUACGUUGCCGUCGAACGCGCAAAGCAGCUUGUUACUGGACUUGAUCUUGCUAGUAAGCGAUGUGCAUCCGCACACUCGUGGAGCAAUUUCAUGAACGAUCCGGAUAUUGUGAGGCCCUAUGCAUUGAAUCUCUAUUGCGUUUAUGGCGACAUUUGGGCAUCCCCUCGCAAUCGCAACCCCAAACGUUCUGCUUCCGGCCCUCUCCAAGCUGGAGUUCCGGAACACGAUGAAUUCAUUCUCUAUUAUCUGAUGGUUGAUUUAGCUAUCCGUCUAAGAAAGAUAACUGCUGCCCAAAGAAAAUCGCGUGCCGUCGUGCAAGUCUUCCCGAGCCCCGUUCCUGCAUCCGCGGGUAUAGACGAUCGCGAUCUUUUGCCGAUUGCAACUGUUCCACGUAAUCCUCAGCAACUUGAAGUGCCCGGGACAACACAGGCUAGGCAUACUGGUAGCAGUGCCGACGUUUCACCGCGUUCUUUGAUCGCAGCUAAGCCGCCUCUCACCGCAUCAAGACACAGUACGAGCACGUCACUAGAAAGCAAGACGACAAAGAGCGGCCAGCCCCCAGUAGCAGUGAACUCUCAUAGCGUUCCCAAAAAGAAGUCACGGUCGAAACUCCCUCCCAUGGGGCUUGAUUCUUUUCGCGUCAAGCCAUUCACCCGUGAAUCGCGCCCGGUGUUGUCGAAUCCUGGACCUCUGCCGAAUUCCGUACCUCUGCCCCUUCCUAACCAAGAUGUCCAUUCGCGGGAGUCCGACGCACAUCAAGAUCAUACGUUCAAUGACAACUAUGAUCUGUACGAAGGCCCUGGCCCGAUACCAUAUGGGGAUCCCAGAGUCCUUGAAGAACAAGCGAGAAGGCGCUCGCGUGGGUGCCUGAAGGUGCCGAUAACACCAGAUGCAAGCAUGCCAUCAUCCCAUAAAGCCUCCCCUAUUGAGUCUAGUGUUGACUCCUCUUUCAAGUCAAACCAAAGUGCGGACACUUUCAGUGGCGGGAGCAGUAAAGCGAAUCUCCUAACGACCAACUGCACCAAAAAGGCGCAUUCCAAUGGUGUACCCAUAGUGACCCCAGAUAGCAAGCGAAAACGCACAAGCACGGAAUCUAGUCAUAGGGUCCCAGUGACGGCCCUAGAAAGCUCCAUCGCCAAACGACGGGUUACAGGCAAUGCAGAAUCCAGGGAAAGCGACGAAAACGAGACGGGAAAAGAAGCGGACGCAUCCUCCAAAUCCUCCACGGAACCCACAUCGGUUGCGACUGGGAAGCCAAGUCGCAAACGCGACACAGUGAAGUAUGACGGCGACGAUUUUCUAUCGCUGGGUGAGGCAGAAGCCCCUGCACCUUGUCUUCGCGAGAAACCUCCCAUAGCUCCCCGUGUCACAGGUCGAUGUGGCGGCUAUGCCGGCAGUAUCACCAAGCUAAACAAACUCAAAACAAGAACGAAAACAGUCUCGGCACCAACUCCAGCUACGUCCGGUUUCAAAACUUGUACGAAAACAAGAGAGAAUCUUCCCAAUGACAUCAUAAGAAUGACAGUAUUCACAAAGGGAAAAUCCUCGCCGCGUUUUCUGUACACACGUGAAAGCGGUGUAGCUAAAGACGGACAAAGGGAAAGUGGAGACUUCGUUGAGUUACCUGGAUCCAACGACGCUGAAGACGACACUGCAGUCAACAGCAGCCGUACAGCAGCCGAUGACCUUGUCGAAGUGCCUGGAACCGAUGACACUGGAUCCGACCCUUUUUUCAAGUCAGAAACCCACGUACGCAAGGAGGUGAAAAAGGAGAAGCAAAAGGGCUCUCAAAAUGCUCCUAUAGAAUUGAGUUCGGGCUCAGAGAGCGACAGUGACGAAGAGCCAGACGAGCCAGAGGGCUUUGAUGGGCCAUGCGACGAUGUGGCUAUUGCGCUUGAUGAGCCUAGUUUCGUCUGCAAUGAUCUAACUCUGGAUGAGCACUACCGGCUCUCUACCCACCAAGCACUCGAAGACUUACUUGCUACGGGAAACCCCAGCUCUGCUCAACUUAACACGCUAUGGCAGAACAUACUCAACCAAUACUCGUUGGACCAGGAGUUCAACGCCUUCAAAAAGGCUCAACCUGCCCCCCAACGUGCAACAGCUCGCCGUGCCCUGAAGCUGUGGGUCGUACUACAUUCUGCUCUAGCGCAGUUCCGAGAUGAUACGCAAUUCUAUGGUCGCCCUGGGGAAGAAUGGCGACAACACACGCGUAUGCUCAUGGCUAUACCAGGGAGGGAAGAAUGGCGCAACGCUCUUGAGGCACGUCGGAAGCUACGUGAUCUUCCACUGGCAAUCGAAAAAACAGGAGGGUGGCUUGAGGGUGGUCAGUUCGCGCGUGCGCUGGCAGACUUCUUUUCGGUGUUGAUCCGACAUGGGUGGAGGGAGCAUUUGGAAGAACGCUUUCUUGCAUACAACAAGAACCUCUGUCCUUGGUUUGGCUUCUUCGAACGUGGAGACGUCGAUAUGGACUAAAUAAAGCACUACCCUCGAUGCUGCUCCAUGUAGCAUGUAGCAGGGUUCCAUACAGUAUCCGUGGAUGAUCGCUCCUUGCUAUACUCAAUCUCGGUUAUUGUGGGGCAAUUUGGGUGUCGUAUAACAACAUCAUACUACUGGAGCUUAUGGGGCUCAAUAAUGCGCCCACUGAUGUUAC